CAUCUUUCCCGUACGAAAUCCGUAUCGUCGGCCUUGAGCGACAAGACUGCCGCCGAAAAGGAGCCGCCUGCCACAUCAUCCAAACCACACCGAAGAUCACGAUCAAAUAGUAGUCCAGCACGCCCACCGUCCUCAGGACAGGAAACCCCCGCACCGAAGCGAGAAACUGAGAAUAUUGUCGCAAAGCCUGAGGAGAAGGAAAAGCCACUACCACCAUCACUGCCGGAGAAAACUGCCGAACCGAAACUACCGGCUACCCCAUCUCCAGCAUCGCAGAGGACUGCUCCGAAACCAGUCGGCGGACGGCGAAAUUCAUGGAUCUCUAGUCUGAGCUCAAAGUUCUCUUCUGGGUCAACCCCACCAUCUCAGUCAAGUCUCAAGGGUUCACCGGCGAGCCCCAAAACCACCUCUCCCCUCGAUGCGCACAAUCCAUUCGGGGCGGCAUACUCGCCAAAGGACAAGGAGGAGGAGAAGAAGGACGAACAAAGUCCCUUCACUUCAUCGUCACCCAAAGGCCCCUCGUUCCUUCACAAUGCUUUGCGCAAGUUUUCAUCUAACUCGGGUGGACUGCCCAAGUUGCCACCCAACGGGACGUGGAGAUUGCGGGUAUCUCUCAUCGAGACACCGAUGAAGAUGCUCCCCCCCACUAACCAGCUACGCCAACCCCUCCCCGAGUCGCACCGCCAAAAAACUAAAAGGGCCGAGGCGGCCAAGGAGCAAGGUAAACAGGAAGCUGAAGCACCAAAAGAGCCCCAACCCGCAGCAGUCGAGAAAGAUACCCCGGCUCCGACUCAGGCCCCGGCUCCGACUCAGGCCCCGGCUCCGACUCUGGCCCCGGCUCAGGAUUCUGCAUCUGCUCUGGGCACAUCGCCUUCGCCAUCGCCACCUACCGAAGCAAGCAGCCCACCAAAUGCCGAGCCCGCCCCCUCUGAGCCCAACAAUUCUAGCGCAACACCCGCUACAGAUGCGAAGCCCAACGGCGAGGGCAAAGAUCCGUCAAGGAAAGCAGAGAAGAAGAAACGAUCGGAGGAGGAACGGAAAGAACGGAAAGAACGCAAACGGAGACAGGCCGUUGCAAAUGGCUCAAUACCCUUGCAACUGUCCGCCGACACGGAAGAUGAUGAAACUCGACCACCAGCAAACGCCACAACCCGCCCCAAGACUCAAAGUCAUCCUACAACAGACCCAGUUCGGAUCUACCGCCGAUGCUGUCAACUACGAGAAACGCCGGUUCUCAAAAGAGUGGUUGAUGAGAUUUCCUCUCCUUCGUCGACUCUCGCCGAAUCUCCCGGAACUGUCGCGGCUCUCGAUCUAAGUAAUUUCCCUAUGACAACACAAGAUAUUGCAACAUUCAGUGAUUGGCUCGCGAUUGUUCCCGUCCGAAAACUUCUUCUUGAAAAUUGUUCAUUGAACGAUGAAUCCAUCCGAGCUAUUCUGGCAGCUUUACUUGCCACGAAGACAGUUGAACAAAUGCGUUCUCGGCGAAGACGCGCUAGGAGAGCGGAUUCGCCGCCCGUAAAGGACGAACGAUGGGGUGUUGUGGAGAAACUGUCACUCAAGGGCAAUACCAAGAUCGGCCGCGAGGGAUGGCGCCAUAUUGGCUUGUUUGUUCAUUUGUCCAGAUCCUUGAAGGCAAUCGACAUUUCUGGAAUUCCAUUCCCAAAAUGCCAGGUCCCAUCACCGGAUGGGUCAGCCCAGCCGUUGUCUAAGCCCGAUGUCUGCAAUGUCUUCUCGGACGCUCUUGCCGAACGUUUCAGUGGCGACCAUCUUGAAGAGCUCCUGAUGAGUGAAUGCAAGCCUUCUAGCGAGCAGGUAAAGAGGAUAUGUGAGGCCGCUACGAAAAUGGGGCUGCGCCGACUGGGUCUUGCGAACAACGGCCUAACGAGAGAGAGCCUGGGACAUGUCAUCGAGUAUCUCAAGUUUGGCCAAUGCGAGGGUCUGGACCUGGGAGGAAAUAUCAUUAAGGAUGAUAUCGAUAUUCUCACAGAGGCCAUCGAACCCGAGCUGCCACUCUAUGCGCUCAGUCUUGCGGACUGCUCAUUGAACCCAUCGGUGAUUUGUCCGCUUCUUCAGGCCCUCACCCGGCUUCACAACUUACGCUUCAUCGACUUUUCCCACAACCGGAAUUUGUUCUCGGUCCAACCGAGCUCUAUCGGUGCAUUCCGACGUUUCCUCCCCAAGAUGCCUUCUCUGAAGCGGAUUCAUCUGGCUGAUGUAGCCCUUACUUCGGAUAACGUUAUUGGCCUUGCCGAGAUCCUUCCGGAAUGCCCAAGUCUCUGCCACUUGAAUAUCCUGGAGAAUCCUCAGAUUGUCUCCUUGGCUUCUGGUACAGAUCCCGAGGUCCAAGAGGAAGCAUGCGCAGUGUAUGCUUCGAUGCUCGCCGCUGUCCGCGUGUCGCAGACAAUCAUUGCCGUUGAUAUUGAGAUCCCCACCGCGGAGAAUAACGAAGUUGUGAAGGCUCUGGCGUCCCAGAUUGUUGCUUAUUCUCUGCGGAACCUUGAGGGCGGUGCCAUCGCUGAAGAAUUGUCUGAGACGAUUUCUUCUACUCAAUCCAGAGAUGUUCCGGUGCCAGAGAUCCUGCAACACAUUGUGGGACAUGCGGGCUUCACCGGCACAGAGGAAAUUGUCGGCGGUGACGAGGAAGACGAACCGGCUCCCGAUGAAGACUAUGUCAUUGGUGGUACUGGUGUCGUCAAGGCCCUGGGUGUCUGUCUUGUGGCACGACCACCCCUGAGACGCCGCAAGUCUCGAAGCGUCGUUACCAAGAGACCCCGUGAUAUGUCGAAGAAUCUGUUGGAGUCGGCACGUAACAUUCGCACUCGUAUCCAGUCGGCCCUUGUCCGCGAGGACCGAGCUGGUAACGAUGCUAACUACAGACGCCUUCAAUUCUUGGAUUUCACCUUGCAAAAGAUGAUCCAGCGCUUUGAGGACGAAUAUCCCGAAACCCGUCUCCCUCAAGCAGCACCUACAUCGGUUGCGCCCGACACCGGCUCUCAACACUCGAGCGAAGACGCCAAUGGCCCCGGUGCCCUCAGUAGCAAUCUGACCAGCAGCAUGAUCGAAAAUGAAAAUGCUGUCGACGAUGAGGAAACCGACCAAUACGCCAUCCAUCUAUCUCGCACUAGCUCAAUGACCUCCCUGCACGCUCGCGCCAUGACCUCAGAAGAAGGCCACGUGCAUCGUCUCGGCCAAAAUCUCCGCCGUGACUUCCUCAACCCAUCUCUGGGUGAGGGCGAGGUUGAUGAAGAUGACCAGUCCCACCUCGUCGCUCUCCGGGAGAAGCUGGAGCGUCUUCACGAACAGCAAUCCCAAUCGCCAUUCGACAGCGCCCAGGCCGAAGAAGCCUUUGAGAAACUCGGCAACACGGUCGAUGAGCUCUGGGCAGCCCAACGACAAGAUGCGGAGGGUUUCGAGAAAUUCAAGCAAUCGCAGAUCGCAGCUCAGAUUAAUAGUGGUCUUCGAAUGGCUUUAUCCGGUGCUGGCGAUCGCGCAGCUGACAAGGAGGGUCAGGCCUCUGGAAGCAAGUCACCUUCUUCGUCUUAA